UCCUCGCCGCAGGUUUCGUCCACCCCUGCGCCUCAUCUCGUCCGUCCAUUAUCGCCAUCUAUUUUUUUCUAAUAUCACGUCUCACACUCUCUGUUCCUAACGACAUCAGCGAACAACGCAAUGCUCUCUCUACCCACUUCCGUUUUCCUCAUUUCCCUCGUCUCGCCUUUCUUUGCCGUCGCUCAAACGACAACUAGUCCAGCAUCUUCAGUUGCUUCGUCGUCGGCAAGCAGGUCGGGAUCGGUGACCUCAGCCGCCAACUCGACUAUCUACUCGAGUGUCACUGUGACAAACAACGGCUCAACCACGGUUGUACCCAUCACUAUAACCCCGAGCGACACAACCACCACUGCGACCUCGACGACGACUGCCAGCUAUCCUAGCCUCUCUGGCUACUCGACGUGCUGUUAGUGAAUUUGCAUCUUUUCUGCCUGGGGUGACGAAAUAGCGUUGACGUGAUGUUGACUACGGACUGUGCACAGUACUCAACUGCUUCUCGCAGUCCGUCUCUUCCGCCAACUGCUCGUCAGUCGUCGAUGUGGACUGUUUCUGCCCCUCCACUUCAUUCUCCACGGACCUCGAGUCCUGCGUGCUCGCCGGAUGCCAAGAGGACCUUAGUAACUCUGAAAAUCUGGCCCAGUCAUUCUGCAAUAUCGCCUCCAGCUCAGUAUCACUGUCCUUCACCUCUGCCUCGCUAACCUCCGCCUCGAGUGCCACUUUGUCGUCUGCAUCACGAUCCGGUUCUUCGGCAAGCGGUUCAUCAACAUCGACCUCAUCUGCAUCGAACGGCGCCGCCAGGAUGAUCGCGAGUCCCGUAGGCGGGAGCGGAGGGGCUGUGGCAUUGGGUGUCACCGUGUUGGGAGCCGUUGUGGGCGCUAUUCUGCUCUGAUCGUCGUAGGACGGGAUGGUCUUGGAUCAAAAGUGCUCUUGGUUCGGGGUCUGCCGACUGUUGCUUGGACGCUUUCGAGGGAUGAUAGUUUGCAGUAUUUAAUGCGGACGACGGGGGAGAUGGGGUCCGGGUCAAGCAUACCAGUGUCCGUGCCUUUCUUUUUUACUUGCCGUGCACCUUUUUUCGAACCACGGGCUCUCGUACAUACUUUUACACACUACGUUGAUUCACUUCUUGGGGUGAUUGCGACGAUGCUUUAUCCCGUUCUAGUUCUCCCUUCAGACUCUUACAUCUGAGCUCCCGGACGUUCAUUUUGCGCCAUAGAUCUCACUUAUCUGCCUCUCACAUUUUUUCUGCGUUUUAAUACACACCAC